AUCAGCUGACCUCUUUUGACCAAUCAGCGCUCACUUCAGCGCCGUCUCCUCCAAAUUGUUGUUAGUAUCACUGUUUAGGUUAACAGUUUUAUAUUCUCAUGGUCUGUUCGGUCGCUUACUAUUGUCAGUCUAAGGCUAAACCUUUAUUUCUUUUAAGAAUUUUGUAGAUGUAGAAAUUCUACGAAGACAUUUCACUCGUAUUUGGAGUUAAUGUUGAACAUUUAAAGAAAAUUGCUGGUUAUUUUCAUUGAUUGCGUUCAGCUUGUAAUCAUGUGAUAUCGAUUGACCAAUCAAAAUUUUUGGUUGUGAAGCAAGCAUAUAUAAAGCUGAAAUGCGAGAGAAUUGGAGUAAUGCUGGCAAGGAAGCUCGCGCUGGUAUUGGAAAUCCGGCGUGGAAAAUGGAUACAAAGACCCAUCCAGCUCUGCAAGGAUAUAAAACGAAUGCUCCAAAAAUGUCUAAAGGGUACUGAAAUUAUAUUUUUGUUUUAGGAACUCAAAAAGUGCAUUAUUUUAGCCAUCCGAGGAGUGGGAAGCUCCAUUGUAAGGUCCGCCAUUGUUCAAAAGCUAACAACAUGCAAAGCCCAAACAGGCAGUCGAGUAACAGUGAUUACAACUCGGUUAAUCACCAGUCUGGUGAUGCUUCGAACUCAAGCAAGCGUCAACCAGGACGGCUUACAAAUCAACUACAAUAUUUACUUAAAGUUGUAGUGAAAGCAGUUUGGAAACAUCAGUUUGCCUGGCCUUUCCAUCAGCCAGUUGAUGCAGAGAAGCUUAACUUACCAGAUUAUCACAAAAUUAUUAAGUUCCCAAUGGAUCUGGGGACUAUAAAAAAGCGCCUUGAAACAAAUUAUUAUCACAGUGCAAAGGAGUGUAUCAAUGACUUCAACACUAUGUUCACAAAUUGUUAUGUCUAUAACAAACCUGGCGAGGAUAUUGUUCUUAUGGCCCAGACUUUAGAAAAAUUAUUCCUGCAAAAGGUGGCUCAAAUGCCUCAAGAGGAAGUUGAAACUACUGUACCCCCUAAGAAGGCAACAAGUUCUAAAGGAGGCUCUUCCUCAUCUGCUGCUAAUGCUGCCAAUUCUGCAUCUGCUUCCUGUGCCACUGCUGUUCCACCUCCCUCUUCUGCUCCAACAAUAUGUGCUGCACCAGUUGCUCCUCCAGCAUCCCAGGCUGCUUUAGCAGCUCCAACUACUGCAGCACCAACUCAGGUAACCUCUCCUGUAGCUUCACCAGUCCGUAAUUACACUGCUAACCAGUCAGCCACUAUUGUUAAAUCCUUGAAGGAAGAAGAGUCAGAAUCCUCACAAGUUCAAGGAACUGUUUUACCACCAUCUCAACCUACAAAGACAAAGAAAGGUGUUAAACGGAAAGCAGAUACAACUACUCCUGGCAGCAUUGGUCCUGCUACAGUUCCAUCAGUUUAUAACCCAUCGUCUGUCUAUGAGCCUAAGUUUGAUAAUAAGCUCUCGUCAUCAGCUAAAAUACCCUUAAGAAGAGAGAGUAACAGGCAAAUAAAAAAGCCCAAGAGGGAUUUACCCGAAGAUCAGAUGCUUUUACUUGAGAAUCAUGAGUACAAGAAUCUCCCUCCAGAUGUAACAAUCUCCCUCCGAAAUAAGUCAAGAUCUCCUAAAUCUGUUCCAAAGGCACAACAUAGCUCAAAAAACAAAAAAGGUAAACUCUCAGAACAGUUGAAAUACUGCAAUGUUUUGCUUAAAGAACUAUUUGCCAAGAAGCAUGCGGGUUAUGCUUGGCCUUUUUACAAACCAGUUGAUGCUGAGCUGUUAGGACUCCAUGACUAUCAUGAUAUUAUAAAGAAACCUAUGGAUCUUGGAAGUAUCAAGCAAAAAAUGGAUAAUCGGGAAUAUAAAUCAGCUGCUGAGUUUGCUGAGGAAGUACGGACUAUUUUCACAAAUUGCUACCGAUAUAAUCCUCAAGACAGUGAUGUGGUGAUGAUGGCUAAAAAAUUACAGGAUGUGUUUGAAAUGAAAUAUGCUAAGAUGCCUGAUGAAACACCUUCAACUCCUGAGCCACCAACACCCACUACACACCCUAAAACAGAGGUAUCAUCAAGUGAUGCCCCAUCAUCAGAAUCGGCAUCAAGCAGUGAAAGUGAGGAUGAAAGUGAAGGUGAAAGAGACAAAAUGAUCCGGCAGUUACAAGAACAAGUCCGAGAUAUACAAGAAAAAUUAGGGAUUCUGACACAGGAAUGUUUGAAAGAAAGAAAAGAAAAGAAAAACAAAAAGAAAAAGAAAGCCAAAGAAAAGGAAAAGGAGAAGGAAAAAGAAAAAGAUAAAGUCAUUGAAAUUCCCCCACCACAACCCCCACCUGCCCCAGUACAACAACCUCCUGUUGAACAACAACCUAAACCACCUAAAUCUUCUAAACCUAAAUCAAAGCAAAAAUCCCCAUCAAGUAAAAAUAAGCGAACUAGUAAUCGAUCUUCCAGCUCGAAGAAUCGAAGUAAACCAGCCACCCCUGGUUCUUAUGACAGUGAUGAUGAUGACAAUGCAAAGCCAAUGACUUACGAUGAAAAGAGGCAGCUAAGUUUGGAUAUUAACAAAUUACCGGGUGACAAGCUGGGUAGGGUUGUACAUAUUAUUCAGUCCAGAGAACCGUCCUUGAGAGAUUCAAAUCCUGAUGAGAUAGAAAUAGAUUUUGAAACAUUAAAGCCCUCAACACUUCGUGAGCUAGAAUCUUACGUGAUGUCCUGUUUAAAGAAGAAACCACGGAAACCUUAUAUACCAAAGAAACUUCCUGGUAAAACUAGAGAAGAAGCUCAAAGAGAGAAGAAGCAAGAAUUGGAAGCAAGACUCAAAGAUGUAACAGGACAUCUAAUAAGUUCAAAAAAACCAAUAAAGAAAGACGAAAGCAAUGUUGUUGAUGUUAUUGGUGGUUCUCGUCUGAGUGCGACCAGCUCCAGCUCGUCAGACUCAGAUACGAGCAGUGAUACAAGCUCAUCAAGUUCUUCAGACUCCAGUGACUCUGAAUCAGAAACUCCACGUAAGAAAGCACCAAAGAGUGAACCACAAAAGCUUAGUCCAGCAAUGUCACCAUCUGUAAAGAUCACCAUUGGGGGAAAUGUUCAGUCACAAGGAGCUGAUAAUAAACCAUAUCACAUGCAGCGUAAUGCUACCGGUCCCGUAGCAGGAAAUACACCUACCCAAAUGACUCAGGCAGCUGAACAUCAUCACUAUCAGCAACAACAACAAACAAUGGCUUCCUCAGUAGCGCCACCACCAGCUAGUCUUCCAGCAUCAGUGAUUCAGCACAAACCUGCCAACACAUCACCUGCAGUUGUUGCGGUUCCUCCUCUUAACUCAAAGCCUGUUACACAUUCACUUCCAAUGCAACCUAGUCGGCCAACAGCCACUGCAACUGUUAAACCACAGAUCAAGACAACCAUAAAUUCCGGUAGUAAUGUUCCUGCAGCUAAUUUGGCAAGUUCACAAAAUAAUGCAAAACCUGGAUCACCUCCUCCACUUAUUUCAUCUCCAUUGAAAUCCCUCCCAGAAUUGCGGCCACCAUCACCUAUUGUUCAGACUCCUCCAGCUGAAAGGGCAAAAGAAGCUUUCAAAUUUCCCAUGAGUGAUGAGGAAUCUAACAGUCCUAAACCAAGUCCUAAAACGUCUGCUUCUGGUGGCACUGUCUCUGAGAGACAACAAAGAAAAUCUAAUUGGGAUGUCAGCAAAAUUGUAAAUGUUGGAAAAGCUGGAUCUGGUCUGUCAUUUGGUAUAGGUUCUCUGGUUGACAAUAAAAAAGAUAAUAAGACAAAAAAGGGAAAUGCUAAGCAAGACAUCAGGCUGAAUAAUGCUGUAUCAUGGUCAAGUUUAGGUAAAAAUAGUAAUACAAGUGGCAGUACAGUGAGAAAGACCCCAGCUAUGGAAUGUUUUGAAGUUUUCCGUAGACAAGCUAAAGAGAAAGAAGAAAGGGAUCGAGUAUUAAAAGAGCAAGAAGAACAACGUCGACAGGAAAAAGUUGACAGAGAGUGGAAACGCAUGGAAUGGGAACGUCAAAGAGAACGUGAAGAAGAAGAAGCUUUUGAACAAGUUCGAAAGGCACAAGCUUUGGCUCAGCAUGAAGAAACUGUUAGAUUGCAGGAACUAGAAAUGAGUCGAAUGCAUGCUCAGAAAGAAAGAGAAAGAUUAAAAGAACAGGAGAGGCGACGACGAGAAGCGACGGCAAACCAGAUUGAUUUGAAUGAACAGAGUGACUUAAUGGCAUCAUUUGAAGGCAUGCUCUGAGAUGAAAUAUGGCUGUUAGUCAUCCAACGACUUAAGUUUGUCUGCUGUUGUUUUCUGCUACCACUGCCUCCAUAUACACUGAGAUUGUGUGAAUGUGUGUGUGUGUGUAUGCGUGUGUGCAUGAUUCUGUGAUUGUAUAUGGUAUUAGUGGUCUUAGUUCUUGUCAAACUGUCUACAGCAGCAGACUACUGCCACUGUUGCCGCUCUCAUUAUUAUCCCUCUUCAUUUCAAGUUUGGCUGACUGGCGACUUCUUGGACACUUGGCUUGUAUUGACCACUCAGGGGGAAAAGCCACCUAGAAUUUUUGUGGCAAUGUCUGCUAUUAUCAUGGAGAUGACAAUAAUAAUGAAAAUCUAAUCUAAACCAAACAACAAAUAUUUCUAGUGAAGGACAGCAAGUGCUGCUUGACAAUUGAAAUGACCAUAAACACCAUUUACUACCAACACUAGAAGAUGUUUUGAAACAAGGCUAUACUAAUUUUUAUUUUUUAUUUCUGUUUAGGUAGGAAGGAAAGCCAUUGCUGUUUCUCUUCAUUCUUCAUUGUUUGUUGUUUGGUAAUAAUUUAUUCCAACAAUCUACUUUAACCUUCCUACUGCCUAUUUACAACAUAAACACUUCAGCUUUUGUGUUUCAUUCCUUGUCUCGUACCAUUUGGUGCUGUCAUACACACACCACCGCCAUUGUCAUCAUCAUCUUCAUUGCCACUAUCAUCAUCAUCAUCAUCACCACCACCACCACCACCACUACCUUUGUGGUUGUAGAUAUUGCUGUUGUUGACAGUUAUUAUAAAAAGGCAGUAGAAAAACUAUUAAAUUAAUGUGAGUAUGUAUACACACAGGCAUGCUCACUGGCACACCAACCCAAACAUGAUCUCAGUUUGCUUGAGAAGACAUCUGCAUUUUUUUUUUCUUCUUUUUCUAUGUUACAAGUUGGGAAACAUUGUCAGUAAUCUGUAAAAUGGAUGUCUACGACUGAUCCCCCCACCCUUUCUCAUUGCUAUCAAUUUAUUUCUUUUGUAAUUUUCUUUGGUGUCUUGUCCACUGCUAUAUUUUGUUUUCCCCCUGAUUGCCAGGAUUACCGUCAACACAAUGCUACUGUAUUCCCAGAAACGCAUGUAAUUGAUACUCUGUGUGUGUGUGUGUGUGUGCGCGCGUGCGCUAUUAACAUUGCAGUCAUGAAGCAAGGUCGUGUUGCUCUUAGAAUUAUGACAAACAGUGACAAUAAUAAUAAUGUGUGGUGAUGAGGCUAGUCUUGAUUAGCAUGACUUUGAUGUACCAUUCCCAUGCAGCUUACAUUUACUGGAUUUGUUUUAAUCCCACUCGUUUUGUUUUGUUGUUAUUAUUAUUAUUAUUAUUAUUAUUAUUAUUAUUAUUAUCAUUAUUAUCAUCAUCAUCAUUCAUCAUCAUCAUCAUCAUUAUUAUUAAUAUUAUUUCCCUGCUUGUGGGUGUAUUUGAGCAUGCAAGUGUAACACCAUUAAGACUUUACUCAUGAUAUGGGUGUGGAUUUCAACUAUAACUAUACUACUACUACUAUUACUACUACUACUACUACUAGACCUCACUGUACAUUGUCAUUGCUCAUUUCUUGAUCCUCCAAUCACUAUACCUUUCUUGUACAGUUAAUGUGUGUAUGUAUGAUUAGAUAUGCAUGUACAUGCCAUUGUUGUGAUAUAUGUAUAUAUAUUUAUAUAUGUAUAUGUUCAGUACUUGUAGCCAGGCUGCUGCCACUGCUCUAACACACACUGGUAAUAUUUGGAACUUUUACAGUUAUCAGAAAAAUAAUUGAAACCUGUCAUUAGAAAAAAAAUAAACAAAAAUUUACAGAAAAAAACCCAUUAAUUUCUUGUAAAAAAAAGUCAAUAAAAAUCCUAAUAAAAUCUGAAAAAAGACAAUUGGAGAAAAAAGCAGUAUAGCUUUUCUUCUCUCCUUUUUUUUUUCUCUGGAAACAAUAUAUAAUUUGUUAGCCUCUCUUUCUCUCUCUCUCUCUCUCUCUCUCUCUCCCUCUCUCUCUCUCUCUCUCUGUUGUGCACUUGUAUAUUAUAACCAGACACAGAGAGAUUGUGUGUUGUGUACAGAAAACUUGCUGGCUUUUUCUUUUAGUUUACAUUUCUUCAGGUAACAAAUCUUUUAUUUUUAAUAUUUAAACGUGCUCCUUUAAUGCUAGGCCUUUUUAUAUUUUUAUUGCAAUCAUUCAGUUUAUUUAAACAAAACUUCCCUCUCCCUUAAAUUUUGCUACCAUCAUAUAAAUGAAAUCAUGUGUAUCUGUGCAUUGCAGUUUGGGGUUGGGAGGAGGUUAAUGACACAAAAAAAAAACCUCAAGAAUGAUCUUUUAAAAUUACUUAAUGUUUAUUAAUUUCUUAGUUUGUGGGUUGGAGGGAAUCCAUUUAGCAUGAUACCUAAUAACAUUUUUAUUAGGAAACUCGUCUCUUUCUCUCUCUCUCUCUCUCUCUCUCUCUCCAUUGAAUGUAGAGUAACAGUAUAGAGAUCAUUCAUUUGUACCAGUAUUGAUUGUAUUUGUCUAGUUGACCAUGUAAUUUAGUGUUUAGUUUUAUACAUAGUUCUCGAGAAUCUCUAGUUUCCAUUUGAUUUUUAAGCAGUGUUUCUGUUAUUGAACUCAUUAAACAAACAAAAGCAGCAACAACAAAAAAAGCCAUUUGUAUAAUUCAGAUUCAUUUCAAUAAAUAAAAUAUUCCUUAGGUUAUAUAUUAGAUAAGAAUGAAUCAGUUUUGAAACAAAGUAGCUCAGAUAUCUACUAAUUUACUUCCUUGCUUUGUAUUAAUUGAAAAACCUUUUUGGAAUUUCUGAUAUUUUUCUGUUCAACUAUAAAUAUUUAUCAAUAAGAAAGGUCCAGUUUUUCAUUCAGUUUCUUAUUCAAAUACUAAAUAUUGUUUUAAGCUAUUGUAUUACACAUUCUCUUUUACUAAGUUAAUUUGCCUCUGUUUGCUAAUUCUACUGUAGCAGAAAGUCUUAUUGCUAAACCAUGCUUCAUGCUAUUAAAAUCAUACAUAUAAUGGCAAUUGGAUUAUUCAUACAAACUAGAUACACCAGUGAUGAUAGCUGCUGUCACUAAAAUAUCCAGUUGAUAUUGUUAAUAGUAGUAAUUGUUGUACGCAUUGUUUUACCUCUCAUAGUUUUACUGUUGUUAUCUCUCACUUUCAGCUGCUACUUUCAGCAUAUUACAGCAGCAAUAGUGGUGGUAGUAGUUAGAGGGCAAUGAUGGUAAUGAUUGUAACUAGAAUAGUUAACUGGCAAAAUUUCUCCCUUUUCUCUUUCUUUAUCUCUCAUAAUGUGCCUCUAGAUAUGACUAAAAUAUCUUUAACAGACUUUUUCUUUGUCAGAUAUUCAAAACUUACAAUUUAGAAUAUCUUUGGUAGACAGAUAUUUGUUGUCAUCAAAUCUGCUUCUUAACAUUAUUACUUACCUCAACUUGCUAACAAUGGUGUAUUUCUAAUCCACCUGAUGCAGGUUGUUACAUGAUUAAACUGCAUUUUACACACAUUCCCAUACACAGAUUUCAUAUGGAAGAAGUGGGUUAGGGUGCUGUUGGAAAUAAUAGACUUUCAGAAUUAAAAUGAAGAUCUGGAAAAUAUAUCCAAUUUUAAUAGAUAAAUCUCCAAACACUGAUUCAGAUGUGUGUAUUACCUUUGAAUGUAAAAAUAUUCUCUAGCUGUGGGUAUUGGUUUUACAUACUUGAUGUGUUCUCCUAUAGCGCAACAUUUGUAUAAAAUAUUAAGUGGGAAAAGUGUUAGUUCAGUAGCACUUUAUCUGCUAGUUAAGCAAAGCUUUACAUAUUACAGCUAGUAUUGUACUAUGUACAAUGAGAAAGCUGUUUUACUUUGUUGAUAAUCAUGUAGAAGCUCACUCAACCUUUUUUGUUUUAUUUUCCUUGCAGUAAUUUGCUCUUUCAACUAUCUGCCACCACCUUUUAUUUAUUUUUUUUUAAAUGUAGUUUUAUGUCACAUGUUAAAAACCAAUAUUAAUUAAACAGUACUUAAUCUGAAGCAUUAAUUAUACUUGGUUUAUCUUGUACAGAUCCCUCUCCCUCUCCUCUUCUCUCUUCAUUAGUAUCCUUCUUGCAUUAGAUUCUUGCUUAUCCUGAAAUCACUAAAUAUUAGUCAUUUUGUAUUAAGAUUAAUUCUGGAAAGAUGUCUCCAUGCCAGCACUUUAAUUGUAGAUUGGGGAAUGUCACUUGAUAAUUGUAUGAUUGCAUCAACAAGUCAAAGUAUUGUAGGUUUAUCAACAGCUAACAAGUGUCCUUCUCUUUAUGUAGCUGUUACAUAAUCACUUGUCUCUCUGUAAUGUUCCAUUUGAAGCUGCUUGGAGAUAUUUUGUUGCCCCUUGUAUAUUUAUAAUUCCCCACCCUUGAUUCGUGUCACUUUCAAUCACUACUACAUACACAUUUUGGUAAACGGUAGGUACUUUAUUUUAUAUAUUUUUUAAAUAUAGUUAAACAUGGCCUUAGCUCCUCAUAUGAUGUAAAUUGGACUUGGAGCAGAUUAUCUGAUGCAAUGUUUUUUGUUUCUCUCCAUUUCAAUGUUUACAGUUAUUUCAUUUCAAGUUAACAUUUCACAUAAACAGGAGCACCAAUUGAAAUCUCUCUCUCUCUCUCUUUUUUUUUUUUUUUUCAGGCAUGUUUGCUAGAUUUUAUUUGUUUGUCUCUCAAAUAUAACCUAUUUUCUUAUUGUCAUGACAGGUGUAAACUUGGGUUAGUUGUUGCCUCUAUGAGGAAAGUAACUUGAUGUACAUUAUAAAUGACCUGUAGGCAUUGACAUACUUCUGCUUGUGGCAGUUUCACUAGACCUGUAGAAUUAACAUUUCCCAGUUCACAUGUAUAGUGAUAAUGAAGUAAUUUUCAUCAGAUAUUUAAUACAAUAAUAAAAUCGCAUUACAUUCAACUAGGCAAAAAGAAAUAAUCUCAUUUAGCAAUGUUUUUCCCCUUUUGCUGUUGCAGUUUUGGUGGCCUACUAUUAUAUAGUACUCAUAAUUUUUUUUGGAUUUCUCAUCUUUAAAUGUAAAAUAUAUAAAGCUGGGAAAGCAAAUCAAACAGCAAUUUAUCAUGCUUCAGUUUUCUUCUCAACUAACUAGAUAUGGGAUUGCUCUUAACUUCAUUGCUAAUCUUUUAGUUAUCUAAUACAUUGCUGCUCAAUAUAUUUAAAUUUUUAAUUUCAUUUAUCUUUUGCAUUGAAUGGGUUGAGUGAUAGUGUAUACGUGUGUAUAUAAAUAUGGAAUAGUGUGUGUGUGUACGUGUGUAUAUAUAUAUAUGCGCGCGCGUGUGUGUGUGUGUAUAUAUAUGAUCAUUAAUAGGAUUCAAUGUCAACUUGGCAUUGUUGUUUCCUUCAAGUAAUAUUUUAGGUCCCUAAAGAACACACUCCAAGGUAACAAUAUUGGUGUUUAGCUGAAAUUCUAUCAUCCACUUAUAUGUUUGUAAUGUUUUCCUUCCUUUUCUAAUUUAUAUUUUGUUUAUAAUUUUCUUACCUUAAAUACAUUCUGAAGUCAUUUUUAUAGCCAAUAUUUUGUUAGAAACUCCUCCAGUGUCAGUGUUCACAUCUCACUAAAUAUUUCGGUUACAACUAGUAAAAACUCAAUAAUCAAUCCAUUAUUGUAUACCCUCAUCUCCUUUUCACCUCUCCUAUUUUCAGUGAAUAAUACUGUGGUGACUACUUUUACACCAACUGUUGUUCUUUCACAUUGUUAAUCUGUUUCAUCAACCUGUCCACUAUGUAUGCAAUAAAGUCUCAAAUACUUAA